AUUUCACCCUAGUUCUGCAGCCGGCAGUGUACGAUCUUGUCUGACGCCCUUCCACUUCACCAGUCUCCGACUUCCGUCCUCGUUUUAUUUCUCGUCCCACCUCCGUCCUCGGUUUAUUUCUGAUCCUCUUCACUCCACAAGAAGAGACGUCUUCGAGAGCCACAACUUGUUAGGGUUUUUCUAGGGUUUAUUAUUUUUGCCCGAAGAAGAUGGCACUGACCAACUUCAUCCUGACGGUGGUCGGUGUGAGCGCCGCCGUCCUCCUCUUCCGCAGCGACGUCAAGCAGUCCGCUGCCAUCUUCCGCCGAAACGUCCGCCAAAUCCGCCACUGGCUCGAGGCGGAAUCCACCUCCGCCGCCAAGUCAGCACCAAAGGAAUUGGAGUCACAGGUUCCGAAGAAAGACUUUCCCAAGGAAGAGAAGCAUUAGACUGUCAUGUAAUUCCUUCAGGUGUCUAGAAGAUGCUCGAACAAAUAAUAUCUACACAUUGUUCAUAAAUUGUGAAAAUAAUGGUUGUAGGUUUUUGAUCGAAAUAUCGAUAUCCAAAAUGUAUAAUCACUUUGUUUUCUGAGGAUUUUGCCAAGCAUGCUUCAUUGAGUUCAUUCACUUGAUCAUUUGGUGAAAUUUCAUGAGGUGCAGGUUUUUUGCUGUUC